AUACGGAGCUUUCCUGCCGCCCCUGUCACAGCCCCAUCCUCCCUCCUUCAUCCCGACCCGCCGGUGUGUGCGGCUUUACCCCCGGCCAAGUGACAGGGAAGGGACCGUGUGAGCAGCGCCGAGUGUUGAUCCGGGGAUUCGGCGUGUCAGGCGGCUCUGCCCCGGCUCAGCUCCCGUCAUUACGCAGCGGAUUAGCGGCGCUUUGUCGCGGAAUUACCGAGCCCCCAGUCUCAUUCUCACUGUGUUUUCCCGACUUCUUCUUUGCACUUGCGUCUGUUUGUCGCUGCUACAGGGUCGGUGCGUCUCCCAAGGAAAGUGCUGCACGGAUCUAUUUUCUCCCCCCCCCCAAGCUGUGGAGCUUUGUGCCAUCUACAGUCUUGUGAGGGAUCAGUGCUGCUCUCCCUGUCUGGCAGGCUGGGUGCUGCUGUGGGUGCCCCCCACCCUGUAUGGAGAGCUGUCUGCCAUAGGAACCCCCCCCUGCCUGCAUGGAACCCCCCUGUAUGUGCCCCUCUAUGGGUAACCGGGCACAACCCGUAGCAUUGAGAUUCACAAGGGCUUUGGGCUCCUCCGGUUCUGCGAUUCUGUAACAGACGCAAAGGGAACCAGCGGAUCUAUGGUCUGGGCUUUGGAUACAGUGUAACAAGGACACUCUGGGAUUCCUCGGAUUGCAGGGUCCCCCCUUUCCUUCUUGGGGGGCAAGGACUGGAUCUUAUUUUGUGCCCUGAGUGCUGGAUAUUUGCCAUUUAUUUACCCCCCCCCCCCCCCCCCCAGGACCCAUGUCUGUGGUACUGUAUGGACCCUGGCACCGGAGAGGAUAAAUGCCCCAUCCAAGAGGUUGAAAAUGCAAGUUGGUAGACGAGAACAAAAUCGCUGCUGCUCAGGAAGUGCUCGGCCAGAGAAGAGGGCGGGGAAAACUGUUUCCUGUUGUUGCUAACGAGCGAGUCUUGAAGAUCCGUCAAGGUUCCUACACAUAAAAGUGAAGCAUUGAGCUCCUGACUCUCGGACAAUGUUCCCCGCUACUCUGGAAUACACCCCUCAGUAAAGCUAGGGUAUCUUUGUUGGACUUACAAUGGAAAAAAUCCUCUGCAGCCUUCUGGUGUUUGGAAUGGCAGUAAUGGUCAACUCCUGUCCGAAAUAUUGUGUGUGUCAGAACCUGUCAGAAUCACUAGGCACCUUGUGUCCAACAAAGGGACUACUUUUCGUGCCCAUGGAUAUCGACAGAAGGACAGUUGAACUUCGCCUGGGAGGGAAUUUCAUUAUAAGCAUCAACCGGCAAGACUUUGCCAACAUGACUGGUCUGGUUGACCUGACGUUGUCUAGAAACACUAUCAGUUACAUUCAGCCCUAUUCAUUCAUUGACCUCGAGAGCCUCCGUUCUUUGCAUUUGGAUAGUAAUAGGCUGACGAACCUGGGGGAUGAUGUAUUUCGAGGAUUAAUCAACCUACAGCAUCUGAUCAUGAAUAACAACCAACUAAACAGCAUAGCAGAAGAUGCUUUUGAGGACCUUUUGCAAACUUUGGAAGACUUGGAUCUUUCUUAUAAUAAUCUCAAGACUGUACCGUGGGAUGCUGUAAGGAGAAUGGUGAACCUCCAUCAGCUUAGCUUGGACCAUAAUCUGAUUUAUUAUAUAACAGAGGGUACGUUUCAGGAUCUGAACAAACUGGCCAGACUGGAUUUGACGUCUAACAGGCUGCAGAAACUACCUCCGGAUCCAAUUUUUGCACGGUCACAGAUUUCAAUGACGUCCGCUACUCCAUUUUCACCUCCUCUGUCUCUCAGUUUUGGAGGUAACCCACUUCAUUGUAAUUGCGAGCUCUUGUGGCUAAGGCGGCUGGAUAGAGAAGAUGACAUGGAAACGUGUGCUUCUCCUUCCGCUCUUAAAGGGAGGUAUUUCUGGUACGUUCGAGAAGAAGAGUUUGUCUGUGAGCCACCUUUGAUUACGCAGUAUACGCAAAGGCUACUUGUUCUUGAAGGACAAACCGCUUCAUUAAAAUGUAAAGCGGUUGGGGAUCCAUUACCAGUCAUACACUGGGUCGCUCCAGAUGGGAGGCUCAUCGGCAACUCCUCAAGGACGACUGUGUACGAUAAUGGCACUUUAGAUAUUCUCAUCACCACCUCAAAGGAUUAUGGUACUUUUACCUGCAUCGCAGCCAACGCAGCUGGCGAAUUAACCGCCCCCGUGGAGCUAUCGAUUGUCCAGAUACCCCACGUCAGCAACGGCACCGGUCGGACAGCCCCUCCCAAGUCGAGGCUGUCGGACAUCACCAGUUCGACCAAAUCCAACCGAGGAGAAGUUAAAACAGCCCCAGAAAAGGCCGUUGUGGUGUCAGAAGUGACAUCUUCCACGGCUCUGGUUAAAUGGUCAGUGAGCAAGGCCGCCCCCAAAGUAAAAAUGUACCAGCUACAGUACAAUUGCUCAGACGAUGAAGUUCUAAUAUACAGGAUGAUCCCGGCUUCCAACAAAGCCUUCGUCGUGAAUAACUUGGUGUCGGGGACCGCUUACGACCUCUGCGUCUUGGCCAUAUGGGACGACACUGCGACGACGCUGACGGCGACGAAUAUAGUGGGUUGCGCCCAGUUCUUCACUCAAGAGGACUAUCAGCAAUGCCAGUCCAUGCACAGCCAGUUCUUGGGGGGAACCAUGAUACUAGUAAUUGGAGGAAUCAUAGUUGCCACAUUGCUGGUCUUCAUUGUUAUAUUAAUGGUAAGAUAUAAAAUUUGCAACCAUUCCCAGGGGAAGAUGGCCAAUGUCACCAAUGUAUAUUCCCAGACUAAUGGCGGAAAUACAGUGCAGAAUGGGGCCCCACCACAGACCAACCCAAAAGUGGUGGUGAGGAAUGAACUCAUGGAAUUCCAGUGUGGUUCUGCGCACAGUAGUGUCUCAUCCUCUUCUAGUUCUGUGAAUAGUCCAGAUGGGGAUGACUAUAGCCUACACAGUAAUCCAAGCACAUUGUCUAACAAAUGGAGACCUGUCUCCAGGUCCAAACAUAACAUUGAUAGACUAAUGGGAGCGUUCGCUUCCCUAGAACUGAGGUGUCAAAAAAAGGAGGACACUGUGGACUCCAGGACUUCAACUACGGCCCACCAGUCAGACAAAGAGCCUUUGCUGGGCCACCAUGAGUCCAAAGUCCGUAGCCUCCUCAUGUUACCUUUGGAGGGUAAAGCAAAACGUAGCCAUUCUUUUGAUAUGGGGGACUUUUCCACCACACAGUGCUGUAGCUACCCGAGAAAGAUUUCCAACAUUUGGACUAGGAGAAGCCUCUCAGUUAAUGGCAUGUUGUUACAAUACACCGAUAGCGAACUGGCAGGGAAUGCAACCAAAUUCACAUACGACAGCACAGAAUGGGUGAUGGAAAGUACAGUGUAAAAUAGAGUCAUGUGGUUCCAAUCUUACCAUUUUAAACUUGCUUGUUGAUAGCAAGCUUAGCGUACAAAACACAAAUGUGAAACGUAUCACUAGUUCUCUGGAGCCAGAGAUGGGUAAAUACUACAAUCCACAGCAGGAGUAAUGAUAAGCACUGGCAGUGGUUGACGGUUCUACAGAAAAGAAGCACGUGUGUAGGUCUUGGUGCUCCUUAUCCAAGGAAUCCAAGGAGAAAUGACUGGCGGAGGCACCUUUAUUCCAGCCCAACAGUUGGAAGAACUUUCAAGACAUCAGCCAAUUGAUGGAGGCAACCAACCCAGUAAACAUUAAUUGCGGGUGUAUCAACUUUUAUUUCUUUUUCCUUCAUUUUUUCCCAUCUCUUUUGUUUAUUUAUUACUGUAUAUUUGAUAAAGAUGUUCAGAUCUCCUUAGUAUCAAAAAGAUCCCUAGGUAAUGUUUUUUUUUGUUUUUUUAAAUUUUUUUAUACCUCAGUUGUAGAUUAGUGAUGAGCGAAUUUUUUCG